CUUCAGCCUGAAUCUUGGAUUUGAUAUUUGCUCUCUUGCUUACCUAUAGGACUCAUAACUACCUAUUUUUUUUCCAGGAACUCUUUUUUUGAAAGGUCUUUUAUAGUUAUUCUAGUUAGCGGAACAUAACGCAAGACGACAGACGAGACAAUAUGGCUGCUGCUAACGCAAACGGUUCCGCGCGACAUACCGUCCGCGUCGGCGUGUUCAUCCCUACGAUGUGCCAGCUCCUCGACGCGGCGUCGGUUGAUAUUAUUGGUUCCAUGAGCUAUGAAUACAUGACCGCCUUCCGCCACCUCCUCCCCGAGCCCGUCAUCGACCUUGCGCCCUUCGUCGAGAUCCACUACAUCGGCUCCGUGCGCGCGGGCGAGCACAUCACGCUGACGUCCAACGAGUCGAUCCUGGCCACGGACCACUACAGCGACGCGGCGGUCGCCCCCGGCAAGCUCGACAUCGUGCUGGUCCCCGGGCCCGACCCGGCAUCGCACCCCGAGGCGGCCGCGCUGGAGUGGCUAAGCGCGCAGGCGGAUACCCCCGGCGUCGAUAUCCUGAGCGUGUGCACGGGCAUCUUCAUCUGCGGCGAGGCGGGCCUGCUUAGGGGGAAGAGGGCGUGCGGGCCGCGCGCGCUGCAGGAUAUGAUUCGCCAGAGGGGCUUUGGCGAGAAGGAGUUGAUUGGGGAUAAGUAUCGCUGGGUGCAGGAUGGGAACUUGUGGUCGGGUGGCGGCGUGACCAACGGCAAUGACCUCGUGGCGGCGUACUGCCGCGCGACGCCGCGACAUUUUGCUCGGCCUACCGUGGAGAUGGCUAUCGAGACUAUGGAAGUGGGUGAUCGUGGGCGAGAAUAUAGUGAUGGGCAAACAGAGGCGUCCCUCAAAAAGAAGAUCGAGGAUAUUAUCGCGGAGGCUAAUGCGAUUAUUGCUGCUAAGAACUAAGAGCAGAAUCACCUAAGAGUUAGAUACGGAGGUUGAUAUAAGGGGUGGAGGACGACGGUAUGGUAAAAUAAAAUUGUGAAAGAAACGAGGACUACUCUCUACUCUAGAGUUCGAUAGCAAAGUAAGAAAAGAAGCGAAGAAUUAUUUUCGUACGCUGUGGUAUAUACGUCCGUGUUUUCGUCUAUAUGUGAACUGAGACAUUCUCUAGCAGGUGUUGGUUUUUGGUCACUGAGACAAGACCUUCCUUAGGCUGAACCCCUAAGAACUCGGAUAGCCAUACUACAUAGUAUCCAAGCCACACCCUGACUAAUACGUACAUACGUACAUAUACGUACCU